CCCAAGAUCAAAUAGGCAAACCAAACGCAUUAAAAUCCAGAGCGUGCAAAAUGUAGCAAGCAAGCAAUUGCACAAAGAUUUCCCAAAAUAUGAGUUUUAUGGGAAGCGGGAACAAGACUCACCGCUAAAAUUUCAAACCACAAACACAGCGUUAAUAUUUUUUAAUUUUCCGUUCUUCUUCUUCUUAAACCCCUCAUUCCCCCUCUCUUUCUAUUGCACUCUCUUCCUUCCGAUUCGAAUAAUUUCCAAAUGGCAACUUCGGAGAACAACAACGCGCGUCCCCAACGCGUGGCCAAGAAGAGAGCAGCAGCUGCAAUAUGCGAACUUCACCGCAACGCCGCCAAGAGGAAACGCGUCGUUUUGGGUGACCUCACUAACGUUUCAUCAAACUACGUCGCCGUUACGGAAAAAGAAAUUCAGAAACAGAAAAAGGUUAAACGCGAGCAACCGGCGCGGCCGGUUUCCACGCCGGAGAAGGUAGAGGAAAGACACGACCCUCAACUCUGUGGGCCCUACGUUUCGGAUAUAUACGAAUACCUUCGCGGGAUGGAGGUGGAUCCUAGUAAGAGACCGUUGCCGGAUUAUGUUCAGAAAGUUCAGAGGGAUGUGAAUGCUAACAUGCGUGGUGUUCUUGUGGAUUGGUUGGUGGAAGUUGCAGAAGAAUAUAAACUUGUUUCGGACACGCUUUAUUUUUGUGUUGCUUAUAUAGAUAGGUUUUUGUCGUUGAAUGCUUUGUCGAGGCAGAAGUUGCAAUUGCUCGGGGUCGCUUCAAUGCUCAUUGCUUCGAAAUACGAAGAGAUUAAGCCGCCUGAUGUGGAGGAUUUUUGUUACAUUACGGAUAACACAUACUCUAAGGAAGAGGUUGUGAACAUGGAGGCUGAUAUAUUGAAGGCUUUGAAGUUUGAAUUGGGUGGUCCGACAGUGAAGACAUUCUUGAGGAGAUUCUCCAGAGUUGCUCAAGAGGGUGUUGAUACUUCUGAUCUCCAGUUUGAGUUCCUUAGCUGCUACCUUGCUGAACUCAGUUUGUUGGAUUAUAAUUGUAUAAAGUUUUUGCCGUCUUUGGUGGCCGCAUCGGUUGUAUUCCUAGCGAGAUUUAUGUUUAGCACAAAGACACAUCCUUGGAAUUUGGCGCUCCAUCAACUCACAAGAUAUAAACCUGCUGACUUGAAGGAAUGUGUUCUCAACUUACAUGACUUGUACCUCAGUAGGAGAGGGGCCUCCUUGCAAGCUGUGAGAGAGAAAUACAAACAGCAUAAGUUCAAAUGUGUGGCAACAACAGCUUCUCCUCCCAAGAUACCUCUUUCUUUUUUUGAAUUUGGGGGGCAGAUUCUUUGGCAAUUGUAACUUUGCUAUUCUUGAUACGGCUUUGGUUUCAACUAUUGGCAGAAAAGUGUUUCCUAACACUAGAGAUGAGAGUUCCAGACUUUCUGUUGCACUUGUUGAUGCUUAUAUAGAGAGAGGUGCUUGCCAUGAAAUGCAGUGACAAUAUACUAUGCUGGCCUCACUGACUUUGUGAUCGAGCUUGUGUGAAAAUGAGAUAAAUACCAUUAGUUGAGAAUUAGAUUCUUUUUUGACAAUUAGCAGUUCCUUGUAAGAGUUCCUUGAAGGAUUUACAAUUUCAAUGUAUAGGGCAGUGCCAUAUGUUUUCAUUGUAGUUGUUCCAUUCUAAGAUGUCCAAACUCUGAUGUUCAGAAAUCAAUUUUUCAGCAGUAAACAAGUGUUGGAUUGGUUAAUUUAACCCAACCAUUUUUGUCCGUGGUCUAAACAAAUGCCUGUGUAGUCUAUGACUCUGUUUAUAGCACGCUAAAGUAGUAAUGGAUUGGUUACUAGCCAUUUGAUGA